AUGUUGUGGAAACUAGCCGAUAAUGUCAAAUACGAAGAGGACUGCGAGGACAGGCACGACGGCAGCAGCGCCGGGAACCCCCGGCUCCCGCAUCUGUCGGCGGUCAGCCAGCACCUGUACAGCCCGGCCCCGCCGCUGUCCCACUCGGGCGCCUCGGACUUCCAGCCGCCCUACUUCCCGCCCCCGCACCAGCACCUGACCUACCCGCAGUCGGCCGACCCCUACGCCCACCUGGGCGACCCGUUCGCCCUCAACCCGCUGUACCAGGCCGCGCCGCCGCCUCCGCCGCCCCCUCCUCCUCCUCCACCGCCGCCGUCGGGCCCGGUCCCGGGCCCCGGCCAGCCGCAGGGAUGGCCCGGCCGCCCGGGCCAGGAGCCGUCGGGCCUGGGCCACCCGCACCACCACCACCACCACUCCCCGCACGGCCGCGCCGUCGGGCUGGGCCCGCACCUCCCGGGCCUGGAGGGCGGCCCCAACGCCAACCCGGGCCCCGGCAGCCGCCGCGACCCCUUCCGCCGCUCCGACCUGCUCCUCCCGCACGCCCACGGGCUCGACGCCGCCCUGGCCGACAACCUCGGUCUCCACGACAUGGUCCACCCCAUGGACGACGUCCAGAGCGUGGAGGACCAGCACUUGCUCAUCCACGAUCAGACCGUCAUCAGGAAAGGUCCCAUUUCACUGACCAAAAACAACUCAUUGAGCCUCCCUUGCCAGAAAGAUGGACUACUAGGAGUCGUGAUUAACCCCAAUGAAGUCUUUUGCUCUGUUCCGGGAAGACUCUCUCUCCUCAGUUCCACGUCAAAGUAUAAAGUGACAGUAGCAGAGGUGCAGCGAAGACUUUCACCUCCUGAAUGUUUAAAUGCUUCUUUAUUGGGAGGCGUCCUGAGAAGAGCCAAAUCAAAAAACGGGGGCCGGUCAUUGCGUGAAAAAUUGGAUAAAAUUGGUUUGAAUCUUCCAGCGGGGAGAAGAAAAGCUGCUAAUGUGACAUUAUUGACUUCCCUAGUAGAAGGUGAAGCGGUACAUCUUGCUCGGGACUUUGGUUAUGUCUGCGAAACUGAAUUUCCUUCUAAAGCAGUAGCUGAAUACCUAACCAGACCCCAUUUAGGACGCAACGAGAUCGCUACUAGGAAAAACAUGCUUCUAGCUGCAAAGCAAAUCUGUAAGGAAUUCACAGAUCUUCUCACUCAGGACCGAACUCCCCUUGGAAAUACCAGACCUAACCCAAUCCUGGACCCAGGAAUCCAGGGCUGUUUGACUCAUUUUAGCCUGAUUACCCAUGGCUUUGGGAGUGCUGCCAUCUGUGCUGCCAUGACAUCCGUCCAGAACUACCUAAACGAAGCAUUAAAAAUAGCAGACAAAACAUAUAUGAGCACUGGCGACCAAAGCCCUCCAGAUACUAACAAAAACAUCGAGAAAAUGGAUAAGCACAGGAAGUAGAAGGGAGGGGGAGGGGGAGAGAUCAAAGAAAGGACUGCAACUGUUCUCCUAAAUACUGCCUGGGAUCAACUUGCCUAGGGGACGCGUAGAAAAUUUGUUACCUUAUUAAAACAACGUCUUAUUCAGGAUCUUCAUGACAUGCACCCUUCUGGAUUUUUAUGUUGUGUCUCUAAAAGCUGCAGCAUCCCCUAACUUUGGGGCAAGUUAAUCAGAAGAUGGCAAGUACUGGUACAUGCUCAUUAAACCUGUUUUCCUUGCUCUGAAAGUGGUGCUAUCAAGUUUGUGAACCUCUAAAUUCCCACUGAACAAACCACAGUGUAUCCUUUUCCAGCUACAGUAGGGUCAUAUUCAUUCCUCUCCUGUUGAAAUGUCAACUGAUGUCUUCAAUGCCACAAUAACAAUUAUACAGUAUUAGACAAUGGUGUUUAGAUUUGUCUAUUAAAUGUUUUUUUUGUGUGUGAUUUACAUGCCCAGAGAACUGUAGAGUCUUUCGGUCCGCAUUAGGAAAAGGAAUUGUAUCAGUUCGGAAUUAGUUCUCGGAAGGUUUUUGGCACACUUAUUGGAAUUAAUUACUGGAGAUAUUUGGUUUCAAAAACUAAAGUGUGCUAUAGAUGCUCUGUGUUUUACAAUGCCUGAAAUUGGCUAUUCAAACUGAAGUAUUUCUUGAAAAUGUAUACCUUUUUGUCCCUUUCUCCCCCUCUAAGGAUAUUGCAGCUUUAUUUGCAUAUUUAUAUCGGGUCUCUUUUUAAAAUUGAAUAAACUUGAAAGAAUAGGCACAUAACUUUUAACUUUUUUGCUUAUUAAGGCCAAAAAAUAUUUCCAGGGAGGCGCUAUGUGUAUUAAGAGAAACAGUCUGUUGAAUGUACAUAUUUAUUUAUGUGUAAUUUAAUGGGAUUUGUAAAUAUUGGUGAACUUUUUAAGACUUAAUUUUUUUUAAAUAAAUGGGUUUCAAACUUUAAUUUUGGUAACUUUUAAAAGGUUAUGGGGUAGACUAAAUAAAACACAUCCUUAGGUUUAUGCACAGGUAUGUUUUACAGGGUAUUUAAAAUGUUUAAACUUUGGAGGAAACAUUCUCAGUUCUUGCCACUGAAGAUUAUAUUUAACUGAAACUCUGUAUGUUCACAAAGCAAUAAUUUUGUGUAGCAUCUGCCUGAAACUGACUAGACCAUGAAAAAGGUACGGUGUGUGUGAAUAAUGGAGAUGGAGUAAAGACAUUUGUACAUGUUCCCAAUAUAAUUUUGAUGUAUAUGAUAACCAUAUAAUAAAAGUAUUCUGGAUAGAAGCAGUGAA